GUUGCGGGCAUGCCGGCGGCGCUGCAAGCUAUACGGGAGCUUGUGAGCUGGCCCGUGUUGUACGGCAAGGAGGGCGCUGCGUUGGGUGUGCGGUGGCCUCGGGGGUUGUUGCUUCACGGUCCGCCCGGCUGUGGCAAGACAUUACUGGUGCAGGCGGUGGCGGCUGAGGCAGGUGCGCGUCUUCACGUCGUCACGGCGGCCAGUGUGUUGGGGCCGUACACGGGGGAGAGCGAGCGGCGACUGCGGGAGGCGUUUGCGCGGGCACGGGAGGACGCGGACGCGGGGCGUGUGGCUGUGGUCUUCCUGGACGAGGUGGAUGCGUUGUGCCCCCGCCGUGACGGUGGUCGAGCACAUGACUCCAGGGUGGUCGCACAGCUGCUCACACUGCUGGACGGCGCCGCCAGCGGCGGCAGCGACAACCGCCGCGACGCUGCCGCCGCCGCCGCCGCCGCCCCGACCACCCGGAUGGGUUCCGUUGUCGGUGGUUGUGGCGGCCACCUGGUCGUCGUGGGUGCCACCAAUCGCCCCAACGCUCUCGAUCCGGCAUUGCGGCGACCUGGGCGACUGGACAGGGAGGUGCUGGUGGCGCUGCCGGAUGCGGAGCAACGAAGGGAAAUACUCGGGCUGCACACCCGCGGCCUGCAGCUCGCGUCCGACGUAGACCUCGCAGCUGUAGCCGCCUGCUGUCACGGCUACAGCGGGGCGGAUCUGGCGGCGGCGGCGCGCGAGGCGGCUAUGGCGGCGUUGGCUGAGGUGGCGGCGGAGUCAUACGGCAUCGGCGCGGCAGCGACAACAGCCGCGACGGCUGCGGCAGCGGCGGCGGUGCCGCCGCAGGUGUUGACUGUACGGCAGGAGCACCUGGCGACGGCGUUGCGGAAGGUCCGGCCGUCGAUCAUGCGGGGAGCGGAGGUGGACAUUCCCCCCGUCAGCUGGGACGAUGUCGGCGGGCUCGAUGAGGUGAAGAGGCGCCUGCGUCAGGCGGUGGAGUGGCCGCUGCGACAUGCGGCCGCGUUCCAACGACUGGGGCUAACCGCACCGCGGGGGGUGCUGCUGCAUGGGCCUCCGGGGUGUUCCAAGACCACCCUGGCUCGGGCCGCGGCCACUGCCUCCGGCGCCACCCUCCUGGCGCUGUCCUGCGCCCAGCUCUUCUCCAUGUACGUGGGGGAGGGGGAGGCGGCGCUGAGAGAUGCUUUUAAGCGGGCGCGCAUGGCUGCACCUGCCGUACUGUUCUUGGACGAGCUGGACGCCGUGGCGGUCCGUCGGGAGGGAGGUGGCGGCGGCGGUGGCGGCGGGCCCGAUGCGGGUGUACGGCUGGUGACGACGCUGCUUACCGAGAUGGACGGAAUCGAGCUGGCGGCAGGUGUGUUGGUUUUGGGCGCCACCAACCGGCCCGGCGCAGUGGACCCCGCGCUGCUGCGCCCCGGCCGCUUUAGUACGUUGCUCUUCGUGCCGCCCCCCGACCCGGCGGGUCGGCUGGCUGCACUGCGUGUGCACUGCCGCCGCAUGCCCUUGGCUCCGGACGUCGACCUGGGUGCAGUGGCGCAGGAAACCCGGGGCUACACGGGUGCUGAGCUGGCAGCCGUAUGUCGCGAGGCGGCCCUGGCGGCGUUACGUGAGGACCUACACGGCGCCUCGCACGUGGCGGAUCGGCACUUCGCCGCGGCGCUGAGGGCGGUACGGCCCGCCUUGACGGAGCAGCAGCUGGAGUCGUACGCG